AUGUAUAUCAAGCGUGUUGUUAUUAAAGGUUUUAAAACCUAUAGGAAUGAGACGAUAAUUGAUAACUUUUCGCCUCAUCAUAAUAUUGUUAUUGGUUCUAAUGGUUCAGGAAAGUCCAACUUUUUCGCUGCUAUACGAUUUGUCUUGAGUGAUGAUUACUCUAAUCUGAAGAGAGAAGAAAGACAGGGUCUAAUACAUCAAGGCUCAGGAUCGGUAAUGAGCGCAUCGGUAGAAAUUGUGUUCCACGAUCCGGAUCACAGAAUUAUCUUGUCUUCAGGAGUGAUUCCUAGACCAAAUGAUGAAGUAUUUGUCAGGAGAACCGUCGGGUUGAAAAAGGACGAUUACCAAAUCAAUGACAGGAACGUGACGAAAAGCGAUCUGGUUAGGAUGCUUGAAAGUGCAGGGUUUUCAAUGGGCAGCCCCUACAACAUCGUACCACAAGGUCGUAUUAUUGCAUUAACGAACGCCAAAGACAAGGAAAGGCUAUUACUGCUAGAAGACGUAAUAGGUGCCAAAUCAUUUGAAACAAAACUACGCGCUUCUUUGAAAAAUAUGAAGGAUACCGAAUUUAAGAGGAACCAGAUUAUGAAAGAAAUGGAUGAACUGAAGGGCAAAUUGAAGGAAAUGGAGGAAGAGAGGAAGGAACUUGAACGGUAUAAUAACAUGGAAAGAAAUCGGAAAGUUUUCCAGUUCACUUUGUACGACAGGGAAUUAAGUGGUAUCAUAAACCAGAUCGAAAGUUUGGAUGACAAUUAUAACUCGACAGUUACAUCGUCAGAGCAGUACAUCCAGGAACUUGAUAAACGGGAGGGUGUGAUCGAGCAAGUUACUUCUCUACUGCAAAGGAUCGACAAUAAAUUGAAAUUGAAAACCACUACAGAUUUGGAACAGGCCAAAGCAAUUCAAUUGGAAAUCUCAAACAGACUGGGUGACCUGAAUAUUAAAAUAAAAGACCUGAAAAGACAAAUCGCUUCUCAUGAUGAACAAAAUAAUGCGGACAAUAUCAAUUUGAACGUGAUUACAAAAGAGAUUCAAAGCAGACGUGCAAAACUCUUGAAAAUUCUUCCAAGGUUCGAAGCUUUGACAAAGGAAGAAGCACAAUACAAAUUAAAAUUAGCACAACUUCAGCAACGUCAAAGAGAUUUAAGACUGAAGAAGGGAAAUUAUGCAAGGUUCGAAACUAAGGAAGAGAGGAAUCAAUGGAUUGAAAAGGAGAUACUUGAGCAACAGGAGCUAUUGCAUAGUUUACAAAAGACCUCAACGGCACUCAUUGCAGAGCGGCAGCAGCUUCAAAGCAGUCUAUCUACAUUAGAUAUGGAGAUCGAGGAACUGUCUGAUUCGGUCGAAGGCCCCGGAACUGUUGGCGAAUUAGAAGAUGUAGCGCAACAGUUGACCGUUAUGAAGGAAAAAUAUGUUAAGGCAAUAGAUGAGCGUAAAGAACUUUGGAGAACUGAGCAAAAACUUCUUUCAGUGUUGGACACAUUAUCGGAUGACGUUAGGUUAUCAGAAAGAGCACUUAACGAGACUAUGAACAAAAACCUUGCCAACGGAAUAAGUAGCAUCAAAGAAAUAACGGAAAAGUUGAAGCUGUCGCCAGAUGCUGUAUUCGGUACCCUAGGGGAAUUGCUCAAGGUGAGCGAAAAAUACAAGACGUGUGCCGAGGUGGUAGGAGGAAACUCCCUUUUCCAUGUCGUGGUUGACACUGAUAAGACAGCAUCGUUGUUGAUGCGGGAGCUUUACAAAAUGAAAGGUGGUAGAGUGACUUUCAUGCCGCUGAACAGAUUACACGAAGACAGCGGAGUAACGUUUCCGCCGCAAGAUCAAUCGGCCGCAUGCACACCCCUCUUGAAGAAAAUCAAGUAUGACGCAAAAUUUGAGAAGGCUGUAAAACAUGUGUUCGGGAAGACUAUAGUUGUCAGAGACCUUACUACAGGUGUGAAGAUGGCUAAAAGUUAUCAGUUGAAUGCCAUUACCUUGGAUGGCGAUCGUGCCGAUAAUCGAGGUGUAUUGACGGGUGGGUAUCUAGAUCAACGUAAGAAGACCAGGCUUGACGCGUUAAAAGCACUGACUAAUUCCAGAAACCAACAUGAACUUACCAACAAGGAACUACAUGCAAUUAAAGGAAAACUACAAGAAAUUGAUACGACUAUCGACAACCUUAAUGGUGAAAUGAGAAACAUCGCAACUCGGAAGGAAACCAUCCUAGCUAACAUGGAACAGUCCAGAAUGCAAUUCAAUAAAAAAAAGAGCCAAAAGGUGUUGCUCAAUGAGUCCUUAAUGCAGCUCUCUCAAAAAAUGGAAAAGAAUAAUCUAAGCAUAAAGGCCGUAGAAGACAAAAUAUCUAACUACAAAGAUAAUUUAACUCAAGAUUUCGAGAACGAACUCUCGGCUAAUGAAAAAGAGGAAUUAGAAUCAGUGUCUCAAUCGGUCCUUACCAUUUCUAACGAAUUGGAUGUCACCACAGAAUCGCUUGAAAGCAUAACGUCAACUAUAGACCAGUUGAACGCGGAGUUAGACUCAAAGUUAGUACCCCAGGAGAUUUUGUUGAAGAGCAAACUCUCUGAUGUUGGUGAUUCGUACACAGAUGAUCUGAAGAAAAAUGUUGACGCCUUAAUGCAGCAACAACACCUCGUAUCAAUAGAGAGUGAAUCUGCUGUCAAAGACGUUGACGAAAUUCAAAAAGAAAUCGACAGCUUGACCGGCGAGAAAAAUAACAACGAAAAGAUCUUGGAGAAAGCUAAUUCACAGCAGCGUUCACUGUUGAAAAAAAUAGAAGGAUUCCAAAAAGAUGUCGAAAAGAAUAUGAUUAAAAAAACAACACUCACUGCCAGGCGGGACGAACUGCAACAAAAGAUUAGAGAAAUCGGGCUGCUUGCAGAAGACGCCCUGAACAAAUUUACCGCCUUAUCGAGCGAAGAUUUAUUGAGUAAGUUAAAUGAAGUGAACAAGAAUAUCGCCGGUUUAUCAAACGUCAAUAAAAGGGCUUUUGAAAACUUCAAGAGAUUCAACGAAAAACAAAGAGAACUUUCUCAAAGGGCAGCUGAGCUGGAAGAGUCAAAAGUGUCAAUCCAAGAUUUAAUUGAGAGGCUGAAACAGCAGAAAAUAUCUGCCGUGGACAAUACCUUUAAAAAAGUAUCAGACAAUUUUGUUACUGUCUUUGAACAACUGGUGCCGAAAGGUACCGCCAGACUAAUAAUACACAAAAAUACCGAUAAGGGUGACCUUGCAGUUAGAGACGAAGAUGUUGAUGAAGAUGUGAACAUGGAUGGGGAGUCUCAGGAUCUGGAGUCCGUGUAUACAGGUGUCUCCAUUUCAGUCUCCUUCAGUUCCAAAAAGAAUGAACAAUUGCGCGUCGAACAGCUCUCCGGUGGACAAAAAACAGUUUGUGCUAUUGCCCUCAUCUUAGCUAUUCAGAUGGUAGACCCUGCCCCAUUUUACUUAUUUGAUGAGAUCGACGCAGCGCUAGACAAACAGUAUAGAACUUCGGUUGCAAACGCCAUUAAAAAGCUAUCCAAAAAUGCCCAGUUUAUAUGUACAACGUUCAGAACGGACAUGUUGGCGGUAGCGGAUAGGUUCUACAGGGUAAAAUACGAAAAUAAGAUUUCGACAAUAAUCGAAAUUAAUAAGCAAGAUGCUAUGAGCUUUGUGAGAGGAAGUAAUAAAUUUUCGGAUGUGUAA